AUGAAAGUUCUUUCAUGGAAUGUUAGAGGCUUGGGUAAGCCUGAGAAAAUGAGGAGGAUCAGAAAUUUCAUAAAGUCAAAAGGGGUGGAUAUGGUGUUGAUUCAAGAAACUAAAAAGUCAAGUAUUGAUGAGAGAUUUGUCAGAUCUCUAUGGGCAGAAGAUGAACUGGGGUAUAUGGAGGAAGAUGAUAGGGAUUGGGGUCCCAAACCAUUCAAAUUCUUAAAUGCCUGGGUGCUACAUCCCAGCUUUCUUAAAGAAGUUGAAAAUGUUUGGGUUGGUACACAAGUGGAAGGAUGGGCUGGUUUCAGAAUUAUGGUCAAAUUGAGAACACUUAAACAAGCACUGAAGAUUUGGAAUGUGGAGGUAUUCGGUCAAGUGGAGUCCAAGCUCAAAGCUGCUGAGGCUGAGUUACAUUCGUGGGAUCUAACAGCUGAAGAAAGAGAUCUUGUAGAAGAUGAAGUUAGACAAAAAAUUGAGAUCAGAAAUGAAGUGUGGAAGGUUAGAAAAAGGCUAGAGUGGAUAUGGUUGCAGAAAUCCAGACUGAACUGGACCUUAAAAGGGGACAAAAACACCAGGUAUUUCCAUAUUAUGGCAUCAAGAAGGCAUAGUAAGAACGUCCUUGAUUCACUGAAGAUUAAUGGUACUCUAUAUGAGGAUCCUGCAGAGUUGAAACAGGUAGUGGCAGCUCACUUUAAAAUUUUGUUCCCUGAAGUUUGGAAGAUUAGACCAAGGCUAGGGGGCGAGUUUAGAAGAAUUGAUCAAAAUCAGAUUCAAUCUUGUUUGGUGAAGGAGUUUUCAAGAGCAGAGGUUUGA